ACGGUAACACGGCUCAUUAGUUUAUUUGUGCAGUUUAGUAGCUUGGUAUUUAGCAAGAGUAGGAUGAAUUCUUCUUGGCGGGUAGUCGUGUUCCUGGGGCUCGUUAUCUUGUGCCACUCCAGAAGAGCAAGGGCUUGUAACGGUGGCUAUGAGAUGAUCGUCCACAGUAUUGAAAACUGUGCCGGAGAAGGACAGAUCGUUACCAUCGAUCCCAAGUCUACCGUCACGCUGAUGGAGGACUGUAAAGUAAAGUCCAAAGCUACGGCACGCACCGUGGGAUUUAAGACGGCUAUGAUGGAUGUAACGAUCACCAAGAACGGCCUACCAGUGCUGAAGGAAACGGUCGACAUCUGUGCGAACCUGGAGGAGGCGUCCGGCAACAAGGAAGCGGCCGAAAUCAUCACCAUGUUCGGUGUGCCGGACCAUUGCCCGGUGGCUGCUAGUGAAAUACGUACCGACGAAAGCCAAACAUACAGCUUGGAGAAGUAUAAGCAACAUCUGCUGGUAGCACAGGGUCGUUCAAUCAUCGAUGUGCUUGUGAAACAUGACAAGGGUGAAAGCUGCUUCAAGAUUGACAUGGAAGUUACUUCACCAAAUCUGAUCGGAUGAUGAGCGAACUAUUCCAAGGUCAAUUUGAUGUGGUAGUGUUUCGUCGUGUCUGCCUAUGAAUCCUAAACCUAUGUCACCAAUUCACGAAGGUCAAUAAACAUGUUUGAACAAAUCCAAAAACUGAUCUCGCAUGCAAGGUGAAAUGAGUAAUUAGUCCAUUCGAGAGUUGAACUUCACAUCACGCACUGACCUUUUCGAUUGCUUUACUCCCCCAUCCUCUCGUGCGAUCGUAAUUUACUAAAAAAAAAACACAGAGAUAGAAACGAUCAUGCAUACAACCCGAGUGAGAUCCAAGUGAGCAGAUCCUCUCAUCUGAAACGAUUGAUCUCACUGCUCCAAACAACAGAGUGACUCCAACUCAGUUUUGGUUCUGUAUGCGCAUAAAAUUGGUUCCACUGAAUGCUUCUUAAAAUGAUACUGUAUUGCCUAACACGUGUUAAACACGUUCAAGGUGGCGCUUUAGGCGCUGUAGAGUUCAAAGGAAAGACCCGUAAACAAGCCGGGUUUGUUUGACGAAUCGUGAAUGAGUCACACUCUGCUUCAUCGUAAAAAAGGCGGCCCGAGAUGCCGCUCCAUUCAUAAGCCAAGUGACCUCGCAGCGAGAAGGAAAUGGGCAGCUUCCAUGUGACCGUAGACCAUUGUCAAGAUCAAUGACAUCGCACGGUGUGUGUGGAGAGGGAAAUUUAGUUUUUAAUUUGCAUGUUGGGAUUUUUACACCCGUCGCUUAAGACAUCAAGACAUUGCGAGAUACACAAAGGACCCGAUGGAUUAUUGAAAUUUGAAGAAGACGCUCCAACUUUGAGCAGCAAAUUAUUCCAAUAAUUGGGUUUGUCAAUUAGUCAGUGAAGUAGUUAGCAUACCAAAUUUCUAAAACGGCCUCUAAUUGUCUGGAACUAUCGCCUGUCCGAAGCUACAAAUAACAAACCAAUUUUCGGCACAAUUAAAAUCGGCUAAUGAUGCCAUGCGGCUGACAUGCAAAACCGUGCCGUACUGGGAUGAAGCCCAUCAAACGGGCCUCUCUGCUGGUGCUGACAAGUCUUUAUCAUGCUGCUUCCCGGCGUAGUUCUGAGUGCGCUUUGUCUGUUGUUACCGAUCUGCGGAAAUGCGAUUCCCACGCCACCGCUGCCGCCGACCCGGGUCGAGCUGAUCCCAUCGAUGCCCAGCAGCAAGGACACUGCCGAGUUGACGAACCACAUCGACCUUCACCGGGCCAAACGGAACCUGGACAUUGGCGGUAUAUUGAAGACGAUCGGUGUCGGGGUGGAUGUCGGUGGACCGCAGCUUAACUUCAACGCGCCCAACGUCACGCUGGAUACGCCGCUCGGUGCAAUCGUGUGCCCGGAAGGGGGCAGCCGUAGCCGACGGGAUGAUGGAGGUGGACGGCGAGGAGAGGCAGAAUCGAUGGAGAUGAGUGAGGAAAGAACGGAGCGAAAGGGAGGGAAUGGAUUAUCGAUAAAGUUUGGGUUCUGAGCUGGGGAGCGAGUUUGACCGGUGCACCGAAGCCUAUGCAUUUCACGUGUUUCAGUUUGUGUGUGUGUGUUGUUUUUGUCUUUUUUGUGUUUUAUGUUUGUCUGAAGUAGUACGAAGAAGCCGGGAUUUUGGUUGUAAAAAUAAAGUCCACAUUUAAGUGUUGGUGGUGUUAUAGCUGUA